UAUCUCUUCAACAGCUAUCAUUCAGUGCCACUCAUAGAAUGGAUGCAUCAUCUCUCCUGUGGCUUUGCUUUCUAUUGCUCAUCUUCAUUCACCUACUCCUCCAACGUCAGAGCAACCGCGGCCUCCCUCCCGGCCCUCGGUCGCUACCCCUUCUCGGGAACAUCCUUGACCUCGGUACCAAACCCCACAGAGCCCUUACUGAACUCGCUAGGAAACAUGGCCCUGUAAUGACCCUGAAGCUCGGGGCAGUGGCUGCGGUAGUGGUCUCCUCAAGCGAAGCGGUACGUGAGGUUCUCCAGAAGAACGACCAUAUCCUGUCUAGCAGAGCAACCCCCGACGUUAUGCGGGUACGAGAUCAUUACAAACACUCCAUAGUGUGGCUGUCGACUACCUCGCCCAAGUCAAAGGUCCUGCGGAAAGCAUGCUCGGUGCAAAUGUUCUCCCGGCAGAAGCUUGACAGGACCGAAACCCUCCGCCGAAGCAAGGUCGAUGAGCUAUUGGACUGCCUCCAUGUGAGCUCAAUCAGGGGGCAGGAAGUCGAUAUCGGUCAGGCUGUGUUCAGGACAGUACUAAAUAUGAUAUCAAACACGCUAUUCUCAAUUGACUUGGCACGUCAUGAUCACGAAGACUCCGGGCUGGAAUUGAAGGAGCUUCUGUGGGAGAUGGUUAAGGAUGUUGGGAGCCCAAACAUUUCUGACUUUUUCCCCGUCCUUCGAUGGAUUGACCCACAGGGGGCCCGUCGAAGAAUGGAUGCCUACUUUGGCAAGUUGUUUGCAGUUUUCGACCGCAUCAUCGAUGAAAGGACACGGUUUGGAGGUUUGGAAGGUAGCCGGUCUUCAACCCGGGGCGAUGAUAUGCUAGAUACACUCCUCGAUCUCAUAGACAGCUCCGAGCUGAGCAGAGAGGACAUCAACAGCUUACUUCUUGAUCUAGUCGUUGCAGGAGUUGACACAACCCCCACUGCAGUUGAAUGGGCCAUGGCAGAGCUGCUGAGGCACCCAGAAAAGAUGGCGAAAGCCCGUGCCGAGAUUGAACAGGCCCUAGGCAUGGACACGAAGGUACGGGAAUCGGACAUCCCGAGGCUCCAUUACUUACAGGCAAUUGUCAAAGAAAUCGCAAGGUUGUACUCGCCGUUCCUGCUCCCGCACAAAGCUGACACGGAAGUGGACCUAUGCGGGUUCAAGAUACCAAAGAACACGCAGAUCAUGGUCAACAUGUGGGCCAUGGGUCGGGACUCGAGUGUGUGGCAGGACCCGGACCGUUUCGAGCCCGAGAGGUUCUUGGACAUCGAGGUCGACAUCAGGGGGACAGACUUUGAGCUGAUUCCCUUCGGGGCUGGGAGGAGGACAUGCCCCGGGAUGCUUUUGGGCUAUAGAAUGUUGCAUUUGAUAUUGGGCUCUUUGAUUCAGUCCUUUGACUGGGAGCUUGCGAAUGGGGAGACACCUAAGACUAUGGACAUGAGUGAGAAGCUUGGGGUCACAUUGAAUAAGGCCAAGCCCCUUUAUGUCAUUGCCACCCCAAUCAAGCUGCAACAUUAGAAUUAUUAAUGCGGCGGACGGUUUAAGUUAAGAAUGGUAGUAGUAACUUUUCUUAUAGACCUAAGGUUUUUCCUUGUAAUUUUCCAAUGUGAGGCUCUUGCCCUCGGUAAUAAAUGUCACAUCCUAGACAACAAUAUGUUGAUGUAUAUAGUUUGUAUAAAUAUGUUCGUCUUUAAUAUAUAUA